AUGCUGUCUCAAGACUCCGAAAUCAUUAUCAUCGGCGCCGGCGUAUUUGGGUUGAGUACAUCGCUAUGGCUUGCCAGAAGUGGAUACAGAAACAUUACCGUGUUCGACAGAUGUGCCUUUGACAAGAACAACUAUAAUCCUCUCGAUGGAUGUGACGGUGCCUCUGCCGACAUCAACAAGGUCUUCAGGACUGCUUAUGGGAAGGAGAUAGAAUACCAAGGUUUAGCGCUUCAGGCAAGAGAUAUUUGGCUGCAGUGGAACAAGGAAAUCAGAGAAAGUUCGGCUUCUAACCUUCCGCCUGGUCUCACUCCGGACGAUAAGGUCAUUGACCUAUGCGGCAAUUACUUCUUAGCACAUGGGCGAGAGCUAGAAGGCUUUCACAAAGAGAGUCUAGACAUGAUGCAACGAGAAGCACCACAAGCUAGGGAGCAGCAAUUCAUUAAGGGAAAUAAGGAAGACGAAGAGCGUCUUCGCCGAAUCAGCCCAAAAUGGGUAGAAAAGCUCCAUGUAGUUGAUAAAAUCGCUGGAGGUCAUACAAACGGCUUCUUGGACAUUGCUGGAGGCUUAACCUUGGCAGACAAGGCUUGCACAUACGCUAGAUUUCUAUGCCUUCAAGGAGGUGUGAAGUUUGUGCUGGGAGAGCCGCAUGGCAAGGUAAAGAACUUGAUUGUUGUUGAAAAUGGUGCCCAAAGACGAGUGGCAGGCGUCAAGACUUACGACGGCCAAGAACAUUUUGGGGAUAUUGUGAUCGUUGCUGGUGGAGCCUGGUCAUCAUCUAUCAUUCCUGAGGCCUCCUGCGCAGUGGAGGCUACGGCAGGGACGGUAGUGUUCAUUGACGUUCCAAAAGAUAGACCAGAUCUAUGGGAGAAGUUUCACCCGGACAACUUUCCAGUCUGGUCAUACCGGAGGGGACAUGGUGAUGACAGAUAUUAUCAAGGGGGAUGUUUUCCCAUUACCAAGGAAGGCCGGUUGAAAUUCGGUUUCCGUGGUCGAAAGUUUACUAGCUUUCGUGACCACCCGACGGAACCGAAUCUUCGCAUUUCGACCCCACGGACAAGAUUUAGUGCUGAGCCAAUCAAUACUGUGCCCCUUUACGGACUUCAACUUAUGAAAGAAGUGAUCCAUGAAGCUUUUCCAGAGCUUGCUGAGAUCGGUUUCACUGAUAGUCGGCUCUGCUGGUACACAGAUAGUGUGGAUAAUAAUUUUGUUAUCGACUAUGUUCCAGGCUACUCCGAAUCCCUCUUCAUUUGCACUGGAGGCUCUGGCCAUGGUUUCAAGUUUUUACCAAUUCUUGGGAAACAUGUCAAGAACCAGCUUGAGCGUGUUCCUGACCAAUUCACCAGACUCUGGAAAUGGCGAGUCACCAGCGAGGGCAAUAUCUGCAAUGGGUUGGAAGAAGGAGAAACAGGGCCUCGAGAGAUGUCCAAGAUCAAGAUGGCAGCGGGUGCGUAUUUCGACACGGUUUGA